AUGAGGAUUGGAGGCGACAAUCAUCCAACCAUUCCAGUCACAACCUAUCCCGCCGGUGCUCCAACAAUCGAUGUGAACAUUGAUUUCACUCGUCCCGAUGGACCGAGAACAAGACCACUUUUAGUUGAAGGGAAAAGGCUUUACGUUGACGAACAUUAUAUAUCCGAAUGGUCACCCGUUUUGAGAGCUUGGUGUAUCGAGUGUCCAGAUCGAGAGCUCAUCCUCGCAAAUGUGCAAUAUGAUCACAUCAUGGAAAUGUUAGAAUGUAUUCAUCCAACCUAUAAAGCAAUCGAUGAUCAAUCUGUUCAUAUUCUUCUUCCACUCGCAUACGACUAUCAGAUGGAUGGUCUUCUUCAUCGUUGUGAAUGUUUUCUUAUCAAUCAUAAUAUUCCUUUCUUAGAAAAGGUUUGGAUUGCUGAUCGAUAUAAAUUAAAUCGUUUACUCGUUUUGUGCUUGAGAGAAAUGAGACCGAAUAGCAAGAUCGAUCUUUCUGGAUCGAGAUACUAUGCUCUAAGCGAUCGAGUGAAAGUUCUUCUUUUGGAGAGAUUACACGGAGCACCGGCACCCGAGGAAAUCCCGGAACCCCCACUUGAUCUUGAAACUUAUCAACGCGCCACUGAUCUUCAUUUUGCAGCGAUUCGAGCGAAAACUGGGAGAGUUUAUUACGUGAAUCCAUAUUAUGUAGCCGCUUGGUCAAAUGUAUUUCAAGAACGAAUCUUUCACAAUUCUUCGACACAAAGCGAGGAAUUUUUCUGCCCAUGUUCACAUGAAGAGCUUAAAGCUUUCCUUAUGGCAAUUCAUCCACCACAAUUGAGAAUAAAUGAGCAAAACAUUGGCCCAAUUCUGAUGGCUGGUUGUCGAAUGGAAUCGCCGGCACUUUUGAGAAAAUGUGCUCAUAUCUUAUUGCAACCACAGACACAACUAUCAGUUUUUGUGCGUUUAUCGCUAUUGGAUCGUUGUUUUCUUCACGAAAUGAUCCCCGCUUGUUUGUCGAUGGUUCAACGACCAGAGCAUUUGAUACAAAUGACACAACAAAGCACUUAUGAUUGUCUUUCAACGAGAGCCCGUGCAUCUAUGAUGGAUCGAUUGUCGAUUUUAUUGGAUAAACCCGGAAUGCAACCACAUCAGUGUUUCCGUUGCAAAGCGCACAGCACUUGCUCGGGAGUGACAUGGAUGUGUCCACAAUGUAAAACCUAUUCAUCGGAUGCGAAUUUGUUGCGAAAUACGGCGGCGAGUAGUGGGACGGCACAAGCAGCAUCGUUGCAAGGAAUACAGGGAAUACAGGGAAUACAGGGACAACAAUACGGUGGAGGAGGUGCAAUACAACAACAAGGAGGGACAAUCAUGACGACAUCGACAACCGGGGUACAGGGAUUGCGG